AUGGAGAACCUAACGAAACUCGAAUUCGCAGGUCUCGAUAUCUCAGGAAAUAACUAUAUUUCUUGGGCACUUGAUGCCGAGCUUCAUUUGGAAGCUAAAGGCCUCGCGCAUACUAUUACGGAAGGAAACAACGCGUCCAACCAGGACCGCGCUACAGCUCUAAUUUUCCUUCGCCAUCAUCUCCACGAUGAUUUGAAAAGGGAAUAUUUGACAGUUAAAGAUCCAUUUACUUUGUGGAACUGUCUGAAAAAAUGGUUUGACCACCUGAAGUUGGUCAUACUUCCAAAAGCUCGGAUGAUUGAGCAGAAUAAUGAGCUUUUGUUGAGAAACCAUGAAGCUCGUCCCGUUGGCUCCAUGGCGAUGCCUGAAGCACACACAGCUACGUCCUUUGGACGGGGAAAUAAUCAUGGUAACAAAGGCAAAGGUGGAUAUGGUAAAGGAAACCAACGUGGGGGACACAAAAAUGAACGGGGAAAGGGUACCCGUUACCAGCCAUACCAAGGAAAAGGUACCCGUUACCAGCCAUACCAAGGAAAAUGUACCCGUUACCAGCCAUACCAACGUCCGCUGAAAAUUGCGGAACCAAAGGAACCGAAGCAAGAAAAGGGAAAGGGUUCUUCUAGUCAACCUCCUCAGAAGGAUGUUUGCUAUCGGUGUGGCUUAACUGAUCACUGGCAGCGUACCUGUCGUACGCCGGAACAUUUUGUUAAGCUCUAUCAGGCGUCCCUGAAGCGACCAGCCGAAAACAUAGAGACAAAUUUAAUAGAAGCCAGUGCCCCUAGUACCAAUAAUACCCACUUGGAUGUGUCUGAUUAUCUCGUCGACCCUGAAGGUGGCGAGCCUAGUCAGUUUUCUUUUGAUGAGCUGUAG